CGUACGGGCCUAGUAGCCUAUUUGGCCACAAACCAGCAAAAACAUUAUGUUAAGGCCUUAUGGCCUAGCUUUUACUCAAUUAUGAAAUCGUAAUAACCAGGUCUCCACCCCCUCGCAACACACACACAUAGCUGUCUCACAAUCAGUAACGUUGGCUGAUAAUGCAACUCUCUGUUAAUGCAGUAGGCUAAUUGUGCAUGUCGGAAGCGUCCUGUCUAUCUGGCAGCGGUGGUAAUUGGGCCUGUCUUACUCCGUCUUUUCUGCAGGAUCCGGUUUGACCUUGAAAUUUUGUUAACGAAUGAGUGCAUUUUUGUGACCCUACCGAUUCAUAGAGGAAUAUUCAUUUGUGUCCCCUAGCGGAGGAGAGACGGACUUACAAUGUCAAAUGAAAGAAAAAAAGGGAUGAUCGCCAUGUCUGAAUCCCGCUGUUGAGAAGUGGAAAACGGGUGUGUGUGUCCGAGAGAGCGUCGAAGAUUCGGCUCGCGGGUCCUGUUCGGGCCGGCUCCCCGGGAUGUCGGAAAGCGCGGGGGUCCCGCAGGGUUCCCCUGCCGUCGGAGCCUCGGGUUCGGCCCCGGCAGCGCCUGGAGCCGGGGGAACGGAGUGUUCGGGCUCCGCAGUCGGAUCUGCACGUAUCGCCGUCAAGAAGGCGCAGCUCCGCGCCUCCCCGCGACCGAAGAAACUGGAGAAACUGGGAGUGUAUUCUUCUUGCAAGGCGGAGGGAGCGUGUAAAUGUAAUGGGUGGAAGAGCCAGAACCCUCCACCACCCCCUCCACCCACCCCUCCGCGGGCGGAGCAGCUGGUGGUGGUCAACCUGAUGGAGCCCUGUCGGAGCUGCAGCCACGCCCUCAGUGAUCACGUGACUCACCUGCAGCAUGUGUCAGAGGAGGAGGUGAACAGACUGCUGGGCAUCGCGUUGGACGUGGAGUACCUGUACAACUGUGUGCACAAGGAAGAGGACCCCGACACCAAGCAGGUCUACUUCUCCCUCUUCAAGCUCCUGAAGAAAUCUAUUUUGCAGAUGGGGAUGCCAACAGUAGAAGCUCUAGAAAGCCCCCCAUUUGAGAAGCCCAGCAUUGAACAGGGGGUGAAUAACUUUGUGCAGUACAAGUUCAGCCACCUGCCCUCGCGAGAGCGGCAGACUAUCGUGGAGCUGGCCAAGAUGUUCCUGAACCAGAUCAACUACUGGCAGCUGGAGACUCCCUCCCAGAGACGACAGCGGGCACCUACGGAUGAUGCGGCCAGCUACAAGGUCAACUACACCAGGUGGCUGUGCUACUGUAACGUCCCUCAGUUCUGUGACAGCCUGCCGCGCUACGAGGCGACUCAGGUGUUUGGCCAAACGCUGCUUCGGUCAGUCUUUACCGUCAUGAGGAAGCAGCUUUUGCAGCAGGCGCGACACGAGAAGGACAAACUGCCCCCAGAGAAACGCACACUCAUCCUCACACACUUCCCCAAAUUUCUGUCUAUGCUUGAAGAGGAGGUGUAUAGUAAUAGCUCUCCCAUCUGGAGUGAAGACUUCCUCAUGGGCUCCACUGGUGACCAAGUACCCAUUCAUACAGUCCUAAGUGCCACUUCGGUAGCCAGAUCAGCAUACUCCAGCAGCAGUCCAAGUCCAGUGGAGUCAGUGGGCAUGGGGGGAGGGAGCCCCGCCUGCAAACCUGCCUCAAUGCUCGAGAGGAGUCCAGGUGUUGAGAAGCGACGGUUAGCAGAGCCGCUGUCUCAGGAGGACUGUAAGCGUGCUCGAGUGAUUGGAGACAUCCCUAUGGAGCUCAUCAAUGAAGUCAUGUCUACCAUCACCGACCCCUCAGCCAUGCUGGGACCAGAGCCGUCUCUGUUGUCGGCCCACUCUGCCCGUGACGAGGCGGCUCGUCUGGAGGAGCGGCGAGGGGUCAUCGAGUUCCAUGUCAUCGGGAACUCCCUCAACCAGAAGCCCAACAAGAAGGUCCUCAUGUGGCUGGUGGGCCUGCAGAACGUCUUCUCCCACCAGCUGCCCCGCAUGCCCAAGGAGUACAUCACACGGCUCGUCUUCGACCCGAAGCACAAAACGUUGUCUUUGAUCAAAGAUGGCCGUGUGAUCGGUGGAAUCUGCUUCCGGAUGUUUCCGUCGCAGGGCUUCACUGAGAUCGUCUUCUGUGCCGUCACGUCCAACGAGCAGGUCAAGGGCUAUGGCACGCACCUGAUGAACCAUCUGAAGGAGUAUCACAUCAAACACAACAUCCUCAACUUCCUCACCUACGCAGAUGAGUACGCCAUCGGCUACUUCAAGAAGCAGGGCUUCUCUAAGGACAUCAAGGUGCCCAGGGCCAAGUACAUGGGCUACAUCAAAGACUACGAGGGCGCCACCCUCAUGGGCUGUGCCCUCAACCCUAACAUCCCCUAUACAGAGUUCUCUGUCAUUAUCAAGAAGCAGAAAGAGAUUAUUAAGAAGUUGAUUGAGCGGAAGCAGGCUCAGAUCCGUAAGGUGUAUCCAGGUCUGUCCUGCUUUAAGGAGGGAGUUAGGCAGAUUCCCAUUGAGAGUAUUCCCGGUAUCCGGGAGACUGGCUGGAAACCUUUGGCUAAAGGGAAGGAGCUCAAGGAUCCAGACCAGCUGUACAGCACCUUAAAGACCAUUCUACAGAACGUCAAGAGUCACCAGAGUGCCUGGCCAUUCAUGGAGCCAGUGAAGAAGAGUGAAGCCCCAGGGUACUACCAGGUCAUCCGCUUCCCCAUGGACCUGAAGACGAUGAGUGAGCGGCUGAAGAGCCGGUACUACACUACACGGAAGCUCUUCAUGGCCGACAUGCAGCGCAUCUUCACCAACUGUCGCGAGUACAACCCUCCCGAGAGCGAGUAUUACAAAUGCGCCAGCCUGCUCGAGAAGUUCUUCUACAGCAAGAUCAAAGAGGCGGGACUUAUUGACAAGUAGGGGGAGGGGCUUGUGGAGCCCACCCCCACACAGCUACCUUCCUUACUGUGUGACUUCACAGAGAGACUCUGGCUGUUCUUUUUUGUUUGUUUGUUUGUUUGUUUGUCUGUCUGUCUGUCUGUCUGUCUGUAUGUUUUGUACUUCUCCAGCACUCUAAACCUGUUUGCAGUCUGCAGCACCUGUUUUAGUUGCACAGGUAGAUCUCCAGGUCGCGUGGGUCCUGCCGGGUGUGUGUGUGUCCUAGCGUCCGAGGCUGUCUGGAGCACUCGUUAUCUUACGCCUCAGAGAAAGCUCUGGAAGGAUGACUGAUUAUCCAGUACCCAGUGGGCCUAAGCCUCAGAGAGAGUUGAACCCAUUCAGUUUCCAGGGCGUGCUUCAAAUAUGUGGUAUUUGAACAACUUACAGUAUGUUUCAGAGUAAGAGGUAUACCUCUUAAUAGAAGAGUCCUGUGGUGUUCUCUGUAAGGAACACGCCAACUUUUGGGGAAAUUAGCUUUACCCCAGAGUUGGAUCAGAGGAUACAUACCCUUCGCUUCUCUGUGUGUGCAAUAACCUGGUCUGACACUCUUAGCCUAGCUUAGCAUAAUUUACUGGAAGUGAGUUAUUCUAGUUUGCCUACAGCUAGCCUAGCUAAAAGGGAGCUAUAGGCUAACUGGAAUAGGCUAGGCUAACGGCCUGGGUUAUUGCACGCGCAGAGAAGAGAAGGGUAUGUAUCCGCGUAUGUGUUAACUCUGGGAUAGACGCCAAGUAAGCUCCAUAUGAGCAGAUGUACCAUUUCUUCUGAAUUACCGCUAACUUAUCCAUGCUAGUCGUAUAUACUUGGAAUACCCCCUGAUGGAUCAGUGUCCAGGAAGCACCACACAGUCACAUGACCAUUCUCUCUCUCUCUCUCCAGCGCUGAUCACUGGGAUGUGUGCUCAUCUGAGAUCUGCUAUUGGCCGUAGCAAGCCAGGCUUUAGUCUAAUGUGUGUGUGUGCGCGCGCGUUUUAGUGUACAUAUGUGCGUUUGCAUUUGUGAGUUUGUACAUAUGUGUGUGUGUGUGCGUGUGUGUGUGUGCGUGUGUGUGAGUGUGUAUGUGUGAGAGAGAGGGAGAGUGUGUUUUCAGAUGUUUAUAUGAUUUGCUUGGUUUCAUUUCAGACAGAGGUGCUCUUUCAGCCAAACUACCAGUAAUAAUAACUAAAGAUGGUCAUACACAUGGCCAUAUUACACUCAUACAUGUGUGUGUAUGUGUGUGAAUGUGUGUGUGUGUGUGUGUGUGUGUGCAUGUACGCUGUGAAAUGAAGUAGAUUGAUGCAUGAUAUAAUUCCAUUCAGUGUGGAUAGAUCUAGUGGACAGAGGUCCAGUAUGAAGUCUCAUAAGUGCACACAUGCGCACACACACACAGACGCACGCAUGCACGCACACGCGCCACACACACACACACACACACACACACACACACACACACACACAUGCACACA